AUGUGGUUGUAUUUUACAAAAAUUAAAGCUUAUUCAUUAGAUUUACUUUUAAAUAAAAAAAUACUUAUUAGAUCUAUUCCUUAUGUUAAUUUCAUUAUAGCUGAAGACAUUUCAGAUUUUAGUUUGAAUGUUUUUCACACAAAAAAUUUGGAUCACAUAUCAACAGGUUAUAAUAAAAUCGCAUUGCUUGAAAAAGAUAACAAUAAGUACAAAAUCAAAAUAGGUAAUUAUUACAUUUGUCAAAAUAAAGAUGAAAUCUGUAAUUAUAAUCCUCCAGACAAAAAGUGUCUUGAUAAAAAUUUUAAUAAAAUUGACUGUGAUGUCUGUAGAAAUAAAACAAUAAAGGCAUGUGACAAGCAGGUUGAUUUAUGGGAUAUAGAAUUGACAUCUUUAGGCUACAUUAUUAAACAAAAUGAUCAAUGCUUGACUAUAGGAUUUAAACUUUUACUAGAUGAGUGUAAAGAAAGUAAAUCACAAUUAUUUGGAUUUGAAGACUAUGAAUUGAUGAGUUGUGUUGAAAAUUUUAAUUUUAAAAAAGAUCCACAAACUAGAAAGGAAGCUAUAGAUUUAAUUAAAAUGAAUAAAUUGGCACAGCAAUUGGCAAAAAAUAAUCCAAAAAUAAAUAAAAAGUUAAACGAUAAAAAAAAAGAAGAAGCAAUUGAUGAAGUAUUAAAAAAUCUUAUACCAGAUAUUGAAAACAAACCUAAAAUGAAAAAAUUGUGGAAAAACUUAUGGAAUUAUGAUUUUAAAGGAUGGUCUUUGCCAAAAGGAUUUAAAUUAAAAAUGUUUUGUAGCAAAUGGUGGUAA